CACACACCCCAGUGGCCUGCAGGAGCUGGGAGCAUGAGUUCCCUAGCAGCUGCAGCAGGCUUGGGGCUUCUGGAUUAUAAAACAGAGAAGUAUGUGAUGACCAGGAACCGGCGGGUGGGUGCCCUGCAGAGGCUGCUACAGCUUGGGGUCGUAAUCUACGUGGUGGGGUGGGGCCUUCUUGUCAAAAAAGGCUACCAGGAGCAGGACCUGGACCCCCAGAUUUCUGUCAUCACCAAACUCAAGGGGGUUUCUGUGGUUCAGAUCAAAGAACUGGAGAGCCAGCUUUGGGAUGCAGCUGACUUUGUGAAGCCACCACAGGGAGAGAACGUGUUCUUCUUGGUGACCAAUUUACUUGUGACACCAGAGCAGGUUCAAGGCAGAUGCCCAGAGCAUCCUUCCAUCCCGCUGGCCACCUGCUGGGCUGAUGAGGACUGUCCUGAAGGGGCGAUGGACACACAUAGCCAUGGUGUGAAAACUGGUGAGUGUGUGGAAUUCAACAAGACGCACAGAACCUGUGAGAUCUGGGCCUGGUGUCCUGUGGAGAACAGUGCUGUGUCCAUGAAGCCCUUGCUGGCCCAGACUAAGGACUUUACCCUGUUCAUCAAAAACACAGUUACCUUCACCAAGUUCAGCUUCUCCAAGUCAAAUGCUUUGGAGACCUGGGAUGACACCUACUUCAAGCGCUGCCACUAUGACCCACACUUCAGCCCCUACUGUCCUGUGUUUCGAAUUGGGGACCUCGUGGCCAAGGCUGGAGGGGACUUUGAUGACCUGGCAUUGCUGGGUGGUGCGGUGAGCAUCCACAUUCAAUGGGACUGCAGCCUGGAUGCCUGGGACCCUGACUGUCAGCCUCAAUACUCCUUCCAGCUGUUACAGCAGAACUACAACUUCAGGAUGGCCAACCACAGGGGGGAUGCCUCUGGUGUGGAGAGUCGGAGCCUGUUCAAACUCUACGGGAUCCGUUUUGACAUCAUUGUCACUGGGCAGGCAGGGAAGUUUGGGUUCAUCCCCAUGAUCAUCACUCUAGGCACAGUAGCAGCUUGGCUGGGCGUGAUCACCUUCUUCUGUGACUUGCUGCUGCUGUAUGUGGAUGGAGAAGCCCAUUUCUACUGGAGGAUCAAGUAUGAGAAGGCAAAGGUCCCAAAAGCCACCGCCAAUGCUGAGCAGACAGAGCUGACUUCCACACGCCUGCACCCCAUUGUCCAGGUGCCUUAGAGAUGUCAGCACCUAUCCCCAUGGCUGCUGCUGCUGCUGCUGCUGGAAGCUGGGAACCAAAGCUGGGGAGGAGGGCUGCCCAGCCUCUGGCCCCACUUUCUGGCCCAUCUUGAAUGCUAUAAGCAGUCACUACUGACUGAGAGUCAAGACUGGGAAAGGUGAGGGUCUUUCCUUGGGGCCUUAUAGAUGAAACCUCAGUGGGACCAGACCAGGAGGUGGGAGAAUUUCACCCUCAGUUCCAAGACAGACUACUCCUCCUUUGGAUUUGGCCUUGAUGGGGUGCAGCCUGCAAAGUGGCAGAAGCCCGCUUUGUACGAAGAACUUCAGCAGAAUAGGAGCUGUGAAAGGAGGUGCCCAGGGCACCCACACCACAGGAUGCUGGGCCAGGGAAGCUCUGGCAGAACCUGGAAAAUCACCCUUAGGCUGUCCCCAAGUGUUCCCAAGCAGCUGGUCCCCCAGCUGUCAGCAUAUACCUCCCCUCCCUAUCUCUGUAGGAGACUCCAACUCUACCCCCCUGCCUGCAGCCCUACCAUGGGUAGACCCCUCCACCCAGGCUCAGCUGCGUGAGACUGUGGUGUUUAUAGCUGGAGUUCAGGGCCAGGCAGAAGGAGGCCUCACCACUCGGGAGUCAGUUGACUCAGUUGCUCGGGUGAGGGGGCUGCCUAGGCAGGCAGGUCUUCACCCAUCUCUGGGCUUCAUUUAGGGAAUCGGGAGUAGGAUGGGCAGAUGAUCCAAAGCUGCAGGGACCCUGGCAGGGACCCAGGAACCUACAUGGCUCAGACCUUCUCAGUUUGUAAGCAUUAGUCAAUUCCCACAGCAGCCCCUGGUUAGGGAAAGCUAGGACAGAGAAGAUGGAGAGAGUCACUGGUAGCCACUGGGCUUGUUGGCUCAGCCCAGCCUCCUGGAGUCUGCUCACAGGGCUUCCUGGGAGCCAGAGGACUGGGAGGGAUACACAUUGGAAUUCACUGCACCUAAGGAUAUGUCUAUGCUCCUGUCUCAGCAGCUUCCCAUCUCAAUCUGACCCAAUUUCAUUUAUUUUUAAUCUUUUAAUUUUAUUAUUGGAUAGAGACAGAAAAAUUGAGAGGGGAAGGGGAGAUAAAGAGGUAAAAAGGCAGAGAGAUACCUGCAGACCUGCUUCACCACUCAUGAAGCUUUCCCUAUGCAGGUGGGGACCAAGGACUUGAACCCAGGUUCUUGUGCACUGUAAUGUGUGUGCUUAGCCAGGUGUACCACCAUCUGGCCCCUGACCUGACUUCAUACAUGGGACCUUGACCCCAGUAUCAGGAAAGAUUGCCUUUCAUAAAGGACACAAAAGUCCCCAGCAAACUAAACUAAGUACUCUUCUUUUUUUAAAAUGUGGUUCCCACUGAAGAACCUACUGUCUUCCACACAUGCAAUACCACGGAGCCACCUCCACUCCAAUUUUAUUCUACUCCCCCCCCCACUUUUUUUUACAAGAGACAGAGAGAGACAUAGAAACACAACUCCACCACCCACGGAAUUUCCUUGGUGCUGUCGUUGGUGCUCUCAGGUGGUGACAGGGAUUAAAUCAUGAUAAGGCAUGCACUUUGGGAAUUUGGGAAGACCACUUCGGGUGAGGGAGCAGGGAGGCACUGCUUUCUUUUGGGUCCCUGAUGACCAGGGUAUGCUGGCAUCCUGCUGGCAGAGGGCCCAGGUGAGGACUAGCAUCUGGAAUCAUCCCACACUUGAAGUCUCAGCAAAGCCUUUGGGGGAGGGGGUUCCUGAGGUCUCUCAGUUUCCAGAGCAGUGUCCAUGAGGAGGUGUGUUCAGGAGAGCUAGAGUCAGAGAGCACAGCCCUGAGACCUGGUUGUUGCACUGGUGCCAUAAUUACCUGACUGUACUCACACCCAGAGAGAGCUGAUGUCAUCACUGCAGAAAGUGCAGAAAUAAAACCUGUAAAAGCUGGCAGUUUCCUGGGUGCUGUUACAGGCAGGGUGAGGAGCUGUAGGUGUCUGUGGCAAACAUAUCAUAGUCGGGGGCUGGGCAGUGGUACACCCAGUUAGGCACAUAUAGUAUGAAGUGCAAGGAUCUUCACAAGGAUCUAGGUUCAAGCUCCUGGCUCCACACCUGCAGGGAGGUUACUUUACAAGCGAUGAAGCAGGUCUGCAGUUGUCUUUCUCUCUCCCUCUCUCUCCCCCUCCUCUCUCAAUUUCUCUUUGUUCCAAUAAAGUGGAAAAAAUGGCUGCUAGGAGCAGUGAA